GGACAGCGCUCAGAGGCCCAGGGUGAUGGGUAUAGAGAGACCCGCCGCAGCCCAACUCUUGGAGGGGGCCAUGGUCGACAGGCUACGUAAGUCAGCAGUAUCGCGUAGAAACAAGCAGGCGACAGGCGUAUUUGCCGUGGUCCGUCUUUUUCUCGCAUAUAAACCUAGGGGUCCGGAUUCAUGUACCAUUGAUGCACCCCUCGCCCGGCAGCGUCAUAUGUAUUGAGCCACGAGCCACGAGCCACUACCCCACCCACAGCAGCAGCCAUCCACACCCACACCCUGCGCACGUCGAGCUAUCCGCACCCGUAGCCAAAAAUAAGUUUACGCCUGCCAUCGCCGGCGAUCAGGUACUGUCGCUGUAAACCCACACAGUCGCGCGUUCCACCACCAUGGACGGGCGCAAGCAGGGCCGGCCGGACGAGGAGCUCUUCUUGCGAUACGACAACAGCAACAACAACAACCCUGACACGCCCAUCAUUCCCACGGUUGGUCCUCUGAGGAUACAAAAGGGUCGCGAUGGCAAGAGCCCGCCCCCGCGAACAGACUCGGCCGGCAGCUCGAGCCAGCCCGCCUUCUCGCGCCCUCCGCCCAUGCCCUCGUUCCCCGCGCCGCCUACAAGUCCGCCCAACGCCCCUCUUCCCUACCCCGACACGGAUCGGCCGCCAAACGUACAGCCUACCCUAGGCACAGGCAGAUAUACGCCGCUCAGCGAGAGGGAGCGCCGUGCGAAGAAUGCCACGCCCCCUGAGAGCGCCGAUGGGCGAAGGAGAGGUUCCAGUGCGACAGGACCAAGUCCCACGUCGCCCAGCCAGCGCGCUCGCUUCGACGCCAACGACCCAAACCGACCGACGAUAAGUGGUUAUGGCGCAAGGAAUCCAGAUGGCUCCAUCCAGCCUUCACGCCUGGCAGAGCGAAGAGGAACAGCGCCAAAGCCACUCCCAGACUCGCCAGGCCCAGAGACUCCUGACAAAGAGGGUCUGUUCCAGAAGGCGCCACAGAGAAAGGGCAGUGAAGAUGUAGGCGCGAACAACCCUUAUCCCGAAUACCACCAGCAGUACUUCCCCCCGCCCGCUGCCGGCCCCAGCGCGGCUCCUGCUGCUCCCGCUGCUCCAGUCGUAUACACAGGUCCUAACCAGAAUGAGCCGGUGCUCAAGGUGCCUACGCCCAUGGACGUCAAUCGCAUGAGUUCCACUGCUUCGACGUCCACUGUAAGAGCACAGAGAGGCUCUCCACCACCCCCCGAGACACCCAUUAUUCCUCCCUCUGGCGGUGGCAUAGAAGCGCGCUUUGCCGCAGCUGGCAUUGCAGGAACCUCCACCCUCACCAACCUCCAAGCGCAAAGUGCCCAGAACGCGGCAGCUGCUCAGCGCAACCAGAUCUAUGCCAACCAGCAGCCCAGACCCGCUCUCUCAACCCCACAGCCGAGCCAGCAACAACCAGUGAGGAGACCAUGGACACCCACCGAGCAACCCGGAGGCAAUCCACAUGGUCCACCGGCGGUAUACCAGGGUAUGGAUCAGGUUCCUCCCUCGAGCACCCCUCCACAGGGUCCUCUUCCACAGGCACCAAACACUCGAUUUUCGCCUCCUCCUACAAAUGUUCCGCACACGAACGUACCCCCAGAACACCCACUCAAUCACGAGAUGGGACGUAUGAACCUGAAUGAAGAGCCACCACCAGCGUACUCAAGUAUCACAACCCCGCCAACAGGACAAGCCAACAGCUAUCCCAACGAGAAGGGCCAACAACCAGUAGCUCAAGGCGUUAGUUUCUCUGACCCCAACCAAGGUCAUCCUGCGUUUGCCAACGAUACGCGCCCGCAACCUGGACCCUCACAACCUGCUACCGUGGUCGCACCAACGCCUACGCAAAACCAAUUCCCUCCUCAAAUACAAACUGCCCAGCCCACCCACACACCAAGUCCGGCUCCUGGUCCAGGACCCGGGCCUGCCUCGCCUCCACCGCUUCCUGAGGGCUGGAUAGCACAUCUGGACCCCAGCUCCGGCCAGUAUUACUAUAUUCAUUUGCCCACACAAUCUACACAGUGGGAAUUUCCCAAAGGCCCGACACCUUUGAACUUGAACGAGCCCAUGUCUCCAACAGGUACAUUCGUCGGCGGUCCUUUGGCAUCUCCAUCCUUUGGCAAGGCCCCUAUCGCAUCGCCUGGUUUUGCUCCACAAACUGCUACUUUUCCUGGAGACUUUGGCAUGGCACCGCUUGCAACUCCAACCACUACCGCCGGCUUCACUGGGCCACCUCCGGUGGCUGGUGUGGAUCAAUACAAGGUCGCUCCUACCAAUGGCGUCUACUUUGGACCCUACCUCAGAUACACCAACAUGGACAUUGAACGGGGUCUGUGGCUAGGUUCAAUCCUGCUUAUCACAAACACGCCCCAUCCACCUACAAUUCACAUUCAUCAGAGCACAGAUUUGUCCCCUAAUCCACGACAACUCAAAGCCAAUCCUAUCUACACACAUCAAACAUGGAUCUUUUAUCGAUAUGAUAUCGACCUGAGGAUGGAAGAAGAGCAUGCAGCGAAGUGGACCUAUGCCAUCACUUCCCACCUGGGCUGCACUCGCUUUGAGUUCUUGGUAGCAGGACGACAUGAGACAAGCUGGCGAUUCAUCGCUCAUUCUGGCAACGACUUUGCAUUGAACGUCAAUGCUAACGAGAGAGCGAAGCUCGGCGGUGUGGGUCUGAUGUGGAAGGAUAUCCUACAGAAGAAUGCCGAGUGUGGUGGCUUCCAUGUACAGCUGGGUCUUGGUGGCCAAAUUUACGCCGACCGACUAUGGAAAGAACUUCCUCUACUAAAGCAAUGGACGGCGACAAGUGGGAAAGAGAUCCGGAAGAAUGCGCCGUGGACUGCGAAGCAUGAAGAAGAUGUUUGCCACGCAUACUUCCAUUACUACACAAGUCACUUCGAUCAGCCACAUUUGCGUGAAGCGUUCGCACAGAUACCUCACAUCCUUGCUCUGGAUGACCAUGACAUUUUCGAUGGCUUUGGAUCAUAUCCUGAGUACAUGCAGUUCUCGAACAUGUUCAAGAACAUCGGAAGAUUGGGUAUUGAGAUGUACCUGCUCUUCCAACACCACACGACGCUGGAGAUCCUCCGAAAUGUCAACAACGACAUGGACCUUUUCACUGUUACAGGUACAGGCUGGCAUUUUAUCAAGUACCUGGGUCCUUGUGUCACAGUUGUUGGGCCUGAUUGUCGCUCUGAGCGCAACCCGCAUCAAGUCAUGGCAGGGCCGACGUAUCAAGGUAUCUUCCCUAAAGUUGCGACAUUGCCGCCGAGUGUUCAGCACUGCAUCUGGAUGGUUCCUGUUCCUAUUGUCUAUCCUCGCCUGGAGUCUGUGGAACAUCUCGCUCACUCAAUGGCCACUGGUAAGAAAGCCGUCACUGGCACUUUCAACAUGCUUGGAAAGGUGACGGCUGGUGUCGCUGGUGUCGUUGGUGCUAAGAGUGUCGUUGGCGAUGGCUUCAAUUCUGUCAAGAAAGCUAUUGGCAAGUCCGGUCUGAUGAGUGGAGUCUUGAGUCCUUUUGGAGAAAUUGAUCUGCUUGACGAGCUAAGAGAUCAGUGGACGCACGAUUCAAAGGACCUUGAACGAACGUACUUGAUCCGUACACUCCAAGGCAUCGCCCACAACAAGUCGUUACGGAUGACGUUCUUCUCUGGUGCGGUCGACUGUUGUGGUGCUGGUCUUGUUCACGACCCGUCGAGACCUCAAGACCACAAGACAAUGUACCAAAUCAUCUCAUCAUCAGUGGUCAACGGUCCGCCUGGAAACUAUGUAUUGCGACUACUCCAUAACAACCGUGCCCUCUACGUACCCCAGAACGGACAUCGCAGCAACAAUCAACCGAGCGACACCAAGGAAGACAUGAUGGAAAUCUUCACUCAAGAUGUCAACGGUCAGCCACGAGAGUACAAGAGACUAAUGGGAAGAAGGAACUACGUUGCAUGCGUCAUUUAUGAUCCAGAGAUCGUCAAUGGGACGUUUGGUCAGGCGGUCCCUGGGCAUGGUAGUGGCAAGUUGAGCCUGGCAGUCGACUUUAUGGUGCAAAACGAUGGUGGAUAUAGUGCGCCCAUGAAGUACGGACCAGUCAUCGUGCCCAGCUUGGAGUAUGGUAGAUAGACGGAUGGUUGAUUUUCUGUUUUCUUCUUAUUCAGCGAUAGGAU